CAAAACCUGGGAAUUAAUCCAGCCAAUAUUGGAUUCAGCGCACUGACCAUGGAAUCUGACAAAUUUAUAUGUGUCCGAGAGAAAGCUAGCGAGCAGGCGCAGGUAGUGAUUAUUGACAUGAGUCAUCCAAUGGCGUCAAUCAGACAGCCUGUCUCUGCAGGAAGUGCCAUCAUGAACCCAGCCUCUAAGGUGAUAGCUCUGAAAGCUGGGAAGACACUUCAAAUCUUUAAUAUUGAGAUGAAGAGUAAAAUGAAGUCUCAUACGAUGGCAGAAGAGGUAGUUUUCUGGAAGUAGGUCACUGUGAACACUGUUGCCCUGGUGACCGAGACCACAGUCUACCACUGGAGCAUGGAAGGUGACUCCCAGCCUGUGAAGAUGUUUGAUAGACAUGCCAAUCUGGCAGGGUGCCAGAUGAUCCACUACCAGACCGAUGAGUACCAGAAGUGGCUACUCCUCAUUGGCGUCUCAGCUCAGCAAAAUCUUGUGGUUGGAGCAAUGCAGCUCUACUCUGUGGAUAGGAAGGUUUCCCAACCCAUAGAAGGCCAUGCUGCUGCUUUUGCAGAGUUCACGAGUGAGGGCACUGCCAAGCCUGCCACUCUUUUCUGCUUUGCUGUACGCAGUCCCACAGGGGGCAAGAUUGGAGGUAAACGUGGUGUUAUUUACUUGAUCACAAAGUAUGGCUAUCUUCAUAUGUAUGACCUCGAGUCUGGUGUGUGCAUCUACAUGAACCGUAUUAGUGCUGACACAGUCUUUGUAACUGCUCCACAUGAACCUACCUCUGGAAUUAUUGGUGUCAACAAAAAGGGACAGGUGCUGUCAGUUUGUGUGGAAGAAGAUAACAUUGUGAGUUAUGCAACCAACGUGCUUCAGAAUCCAGACCUUGGUCUGUGUUUCGCCAUUCGUAGUAACCUGGCUGGGGCAGAGGAGUUAUUUAUGAGAAAAUGCAGUACCCUGUUUGCACAGGGGAACUAUGCUGAAGGUGCCAAAGUAGUGGUGUUUGCACCAAAGGGAAUCCUACGUACCAGCGACACGGUUCGAAGUUCCAGAGUAUUCCUGCCCAGCCUGGGCAGGCUUCUGCUUUGCUCCCGUACUUUGGAAUCCUCCUUGACCAGGGUUGGCUAUGCCCCAGACUGGAUCUUUUUGCUGAAGAGUGUGAUGAGGAUCAGUCCAGACCAGGGCCUGCAGUUUUCUCAAAUGCUCAUGCAGGAUGAGGAGUCAUUGGGCAACAGUAACCAGAUUGUAGACGUUUUCAUGGAAAACAGUUUAAUUCAGCAGUGUACUUCCUUCUUGUUGGAUGCCUUGAAGAAUAAUCGCCCAUCUGAGGGGCUCCUCCAGACUCGCCUGUUGGAGAUGAACUUGAUUCAUGCACCCCAGAUUAUUCUUGUUUCUCGGUGGCUCAUCACCUUCUUUGGCUCCUUGUUGGUGGAGGAUUCUCUGGCGUGCCUGCGUGCUCUGCUGUCUGCCAGCAUCAGACAGAACCUUCAGCUGUGUGUGCAGGUGGCCUCCAAGUACCACAAACAGCUGGGCAUGCAGUCCCUGGUGGAACUGUUUGAAUCCUUCAAGAGUUACGAAGGCCUGUUCUACUUCCUGGGUUCAAUUGUGAACUUCAGCCAGGAUCCAGAAGUGCACUUGAAAUACAUUCAGGCCACCUGUAAGACAAGGCAGAUCAAGGAGGUGGAGAGGAUAUGCUGGGAGAAUAAUUGCUACAACCCAGAGUGGGUGAAGAACUUCCUAAAGGUUUGCAAUGAGAAUUCUCUGUUCAAAAGCGAGGCCCACUACCUGGUUCGCAGGAAGGAUCCAGAGCUCUGGGCUCACAUUCUUGAGGAGACCAACCCGUUCAGGAGACAGCGAUUGACCAGAACGGCAUUGUCUGAAACACAGGAUCCUGAAGAGGUCUCAGUCACUGUCAAGGCCUUCAUGACAGCUGACCUGCCUAAAGAACUGAUUGAGCUGCUGGAAAAGAUUGUUCUGGGUAACUCUGUCUUCAGUGAGCACAGGAAUCUCCAGAAUCUGCUGAUCCUGACCGCCAUCAAGGCAGACCGCAUGCGGGUCAUGGAAUACAUAAGCCGCCUGGACAACUGUGAUGCCCCAGACAUUGCACGCAUCGCUGUCAGCAGUGCACUGUAUGAGGAGGCGUUCGCCAUCUUCCGCAAGUUUGAUGUGAACGCUUCUGCAAUCCAGGUUCUGAUAGAGCACGUUGGAAAUCUAGACCGAGCAUACGAGUUUGCGGAGAGAUGCAAUGAGCCUGCUGUGUGGAGUCAGCUGGCCCAUGCCCAGCUCCAGAAGGACUUGGUAAAGGAAGCCAUCGACUCCUACAUCAGAGCUGAUGACCCUUCCUCUUACCUGGAGGUCAUUCAGGCAGCCAGCAGAAGCAACAAUUGGGAGGAUCUGGUUAAAUUCCUGCAGAUGGCCAGGAAAAAGGGCUGCAGAUCCUAUAUAGAGACUGCUAAAACCAGCUGUCUGUCUGAGCUAGAAGAUUGUAUUAAUGGACCCAACAGUGCUCACAUCCAGCAGGAGGGAGACCACUGUAACAAGGAGGGAAUGUACGAGGCUGCCAAGCUGCUGUACAGCAGUAUUUCUAACUUUGCCCUCCUGGCUUCUACCCUGGUCCACCUUGGGGAGUAUCAGGCAGCGGUGGCCAGCAGCACACGGACGUGGAGGGGGGUGUGCUUUGCCUGUGUGGACGGGCAGGAGUUCCAUCUCGCACAAUUGUGUGGUCUUCGCAUCGUCAUUCAUGCAGAUGAGCUGGAGGAACUGAUACGCUGUUACCAGGAUCAGGGCUACUUUGAGGAGCUGAUCUCCUUGCUGAAGGCAACCCUGGGCCUGGAGCGGGCCCACAUGGGCAUCACAGAGCUGGCCAUCCUCUACUCCAAAUUCAAGCCGCAGAAGAUGCAGGAACACCUGGAGCUCUUCUGGUCCCGUGUCAACAUCCUGAAGGUAAUCUGGCCCUCCUCAAGGUUCUGGCUGCCGUAUGCAUGCCUGGCACAAGCUCGACCCUCGGCCGUGGCCGUCCCGCCAGGUGCUGAGAGCUGCGGAGCAGGCGCAUCUCUGGGCAGAGCUGGUGUUCCUCUAUGACAAAUACAAGGAGUAUGACAGCGCCGUGCUCACCAUGAUCAAUCACCCUGCUGAUGCCUGGAGAGAAGGGCAGUUCAAGGACAUCAUUACCAAGGUAA